AACAAGUAGGACUUCAUCGUCUCCACUCACCACUGGAGGAAAACUCCACUCGUCACAGACUCAACGAUCCCCAAUCCCUGAACAGCUUAGACCGCAGCACUGCAGGUGGAGGCGGUAAUUUUGUUACAACCACACCAGCACCACGAGGUGGACGUGGAGGCGCCACAAGAGAUAAUAUUAGGGACGAACUUAUGGGAACACAACAAUUAGGUGCCAGUACUGGAACUAGUCUAUUGCAGUCUGCGAAGAGUCAAAGGGACCCUCCGGAUACACUGCUAAGAUCAGCCGAUACAGCAGUCUUGUACAACGUGAACACUCGGCGUCCCUCAUUGGACGGCAAUUUUGAGUUGCCGAGCGAUCCCUUGGAAAGGCUGUUGCAGGAGCUGAGGACAGAACAAC